UCUUAUGUAUAACAAUUACUAUCAAUGAAAUUAAUCUUCUUCUUAAUAAAUGUCAAACAGGGAUCUCGCUCUCUGUCCGGCAUCCUUAAGGUUAACAUCACUUAUAAAUUAAGCCUAGAUAAUUAAGAUUAUAAUAAAUGUAAUAUUGAACUAAAUAAAAACUUAAAAUAUAAAACAAUUGGCGACGAGGAUAAUAAGGACAAUACUGGAGUAAAAACGCGUAAGAAAAAUAAAAGUAAAAAUAACCUAGGAUUGCGAAGAUAAAUUGAGAUUAGUUUCACAUCGUGAUAAAUCUGAUGACCUCAAAAUCAUCACCUUUAGAAAUAAUAAAGGAGGAAGAGGACUCAUCUGAUUCCGAGGCGAAGAGUGAAAAAUUUCAAUCAAAAAAAGAAAUCACACCUAAGACAAAUAUGUCAUUUCUUGGAAAUAUAAAUGAGUUUGUCCCUGGUGAGGAUUUUGUGGCAUAUAAGGACAGAGUGCAGCAAUAUUUUAUUGCGAAUAAAAUUUCUGCCGAAAUUCAGACACCAGUGUUCAUUACUUUGGUCGGUUCAGAAGUUUAUAAAGUACUAAAAUCUCUGGCCGCACCAGCAUUACCAAGCUCCAAACCAUUUAGUGAAUUAAUAGUUUUACUAGAGCAGCAUUAUGCUCCCAAGCAUAAUAAGAGAGCCGAACGAUUCAAGUUCCAAAAAGCAAAGCAAGAGGAGGGUGAAUCAAUUGCUGACUUCAUCAUAAAGCUCAGAAAUCUAGCUGAGACAUGCAGGUUUGGAGAUUUUAUCGAAGACUCAGUGACAAAUGCAGUUAACUUGCGAAAUCUGGCGUUAGAAGAUGUUCUAGUGGACAAAUUUAUUGGAGGGCUAAGGAACGAUCGUAUUCAGCAGAACCUCUUAACAGACGACAGCCGCACGUUUGAUAAAUGCUGUGACAUUGCUCUGAACAUGGAGAUGUCUGAGCGAGAGCAACGAUCAAUGCAUCCACGCGGCAGUGAUGUGCAUGUUAUAAGAGAAAAAAACAAGGCAGUCACAACCCAAGUUAAAGCAAGAACCAGUCCUAUGAAAAGUAAUCAUGUCAACAAGUGUACACAUUGUGGAAAAAAUCAUUUUGAGCGGGACUGUCCAGCAAAAAAUUGGAGUUGCUUUAACCCUUAA